UUUUACACUAAUGAUUGAACUUCAAUAAAAUUAAUAAAUUAAUUAUUUUUCUGAAUCGAAUAUGAUUCGAAUAAGAAAUAAUUAUUUAUGACUGAAGCAGGAGGUCAUCACCUGGAUCCAGUGCCGGCCAUGCGCCUCCUACUGCCACCGGCAGCAAAAGCCUAUCUUCGACGCCCCCUCGCUCGUCUACGUACUCCAGCAUCUCAUGCAGCUCCGCUACUGUUCCGACCUCGACGUCUCCGGUUGCAGCUCGUCCACCUGCCUCUACGGGGGGCAGUACGGCCACAAGUACUACACCAUCGGCUUCUUCGCCCAGGACAAGCUCACGCUGACCUCCGCCGACGUAAUUCCCAAUUUUCCGUUGGGGUGCGGCCAGAGGAACCGCGGAUUCUUCGGGAAGCUUGCGGGGCUGCUGGGCCUCGGCCGCGAAAGGACGUCGCUGGUCAUGCAGGCCGACCGAAAGUGCGGCGGAGUCUUCGCCUACUGCCUGCUGUCGAAAUCGAGCUCCGCGGGCUACUUGACGUUCGGCCGCGACGGCUACCCCGCGUCUUACUACCUCGACUUGAUAGCUGUAACCGUCGGCGGCAGAGUCUUCCACGUCUUACUACAUCCACUGUGUUCUCCAAACACGGAACGAUCAUUGUCUCCGGCAUGGUCAUCAGCUGGCUGCCUCCGACCUCAUACUCCGCGCUCCGGUCGGCUUUCCGGCCGGGGAUGUCGAGCUCCAAGACGAACCGCGGGGAUCGAACCAAAACUAAAAACUCUAAGCAAGCGAACCGGACCGUUCCGCACCGACUUCCUUUUGCAUCCCUAUGCGUACGCAGCUUCAGAAAGGGCCGAAGAUUGCGGUCUCCGCGUCCCCAGCCGGGGAUGGCAGCGGCAAAUGCAGCAGCGACGGCGGCGGGGGACUGGAUGGAUCGUCCUGCGGCCACUCCUCGAAGCAGUCCUCAACAACUAGGGUCAUCACCACUGCGUCAAGCAGCCCGGCCGUCCUCCAGGAUCGUGGCGUCGGUCUCCUUCAAGAAGCUGAACAAGAGCCACCACGCCGCGGCCCGUGUGAAAUUCCCCGCUGUCCGUCCUCCAUGCGCCUCUCCGCUUCUUCACUGCCUUAAACAAGACCGACGUCUGCCGCCCUCUGAUCGCCAUCUCGGCACGUUGGAAAGGACGCCUUUCCGACAGCAGAGCGGGAGAUCCCUGCUUCUUGAUCGAGAUCCUCUUCGGAGGCAUCAUUUCCAGGUAAAAGACGAAACACAUUCUUGGAUCAUAUGUCACUGGUUUCUGCUUUCCAGAUUGCUCAAAAAAGGAAUAAUUCUGAAUUUUCUUUACUAAAUGCUUCAAUCUCUAUUCUUGAUUUCUUGGUUUAAUGAUUCUUGAAGCC